AACAUCAUAUCAUAUCAUAUAAUUUAAAAAAAAAUCCAGCAUGGCAACUCAUCAACAGAGACAUUCAGGCUCCAAGUCACUCAAAUGGCUCUCCAACAAAACCCUCAAGUUAAACCUAAACCUAAUAAGCUUCCACGCCAAAAGAUCACAUAAACAUGAUUCCGCAUCAACCUUAAGCUCUCCGACAUCGUAUCCCAACUCCCCAAGAGCCACCUCCGACAACGAUGUUGUCGGCCGUAGAGAUCACUCCGUCGAACUCCGGCAAGUCUUCAGCCGAUUCGACGGUGACGGCGACGGCAAGAUCUCCGCCUACGAGCUUCGAUCUUACUUCGGUUCGGUCGGAGAGUACAUCUCUCACGAAGCAGCUCAAGCGGUGAUCGAUGAGGUUGACAGUGACGGAGAUGGGUUUCUAGGGUUCGAGGACUUUUUUGGUCUGAUGACGAGAAGAGACGACCUUGACGGCGGAGACAGUAACAGUGAUCUGAAGACGGCGUUCGAGAUGUUCGAACUCGAGAAAGGGUCGGGUUGCAUUACUCCAAAGGGCUUACAGAAGAUGUUGGCGAGGUUAGGCGAAGUGAGGUCUUUUACCGAGUGCGAGGCCAUGAUUAGGGUUUAUGAUAUCGAUGGUAAUGGAGUCCUUGACUUCCAAGAGUUUAGUCAAAUGAUGACGGUUUAAAUGCUAUAUAUAUAUAUAUGUAUGUGUUGUGUUGCUGAAGUAUGCUAUUUAUGUUUUAUGAAGCGAUUGAUAUGUGUA